AGCGAUACAUUUAGCUUGAAAUAUUUUCGUAUACCCCAACAAUUUAUUUAAUCCAGUCUGUUCUGUCGGUAACAGUCCUUGGUUCACGGUGGAAGGUCGUUGCUAACAUAACGUUAACUAGCCAACGAGCUAAAGUAACGUUAGUUUACCCGCCACUUGAAUUCAUAUAUUCAUUCGACAUUACUGUAGCUAGCCUGCCUGUGGGGUACCUUCUUUGGCUUGUAGGAAUGGAUGGUACUCCUAUGUCGUUAUCUACCUGAACUUAAUCUGGAAUCACACGGACGCAGACCAAUCUAUGGAGGUGCACACUCCAACAGCUGAAAACCCCCAUUCUGAAUAUGGACUGACGGACAACAUCCAGAGAAUAGUGGAAAACGAGAAAGCCAAUACAGAGAAGGUCUCCAAACAGAAGGUGGAUCUGCAGUCGCUCCCCACGAGGGCAUAUUUGGAUCAGACAGUGGUGCCCAUUCUUCUUCAAGGCUUAUCUGUGCUGGCCAAGGAAAGACCUGCAAAUCCUAUUGAAUUCUUAGCAGCCUUCCUUCUCAAGAACAAAUCACAGUUUGAAGAUCGAAAUUAAGCUCCAGACGGAUGGAAAUGUGCACUUUGAGCCCAUCUGUUGAAAAUCAAGGAAAUGGUUGUUUCUGUCAUUGGUUAUGUUUGCAGUUUUUUAAACCAGAAUAAAGAUGGUGCUGCAGGGAAA